AUUUAUAGGGAUCAUGCUGAGGGAGCAGUAAUGACCAGAAGAGCGGAUUAUGAGAAAACAAGGGCAAUAUUCGGAACACUGGUUUGUUGGGUUUCUGGAUAUUUCGAGAGCCAUAGUACGUCAGCAUUCCACCUAUAUUCUCCAGCAGCACAAGGGAUAUUCUUUUGCUUUGUUAUUCCAACAAAUGAGCAACGAAGCUAUUGCCCGAGAGGCUGACGCUCUCCCUCCAUCCAUUGACCUCGAACAGAGAGUCCUGAGUGAAGAAAACCUUCGCGAACACACCCAAUACCUCGCCUCCCAGCAUACACCCAAACAAUUCCAUGAUCGCAUUCGAUUAUGGGCCUCAAACGUCAGCCUUUCUUCACCAGAUAGUCCUGACCAUGAGUCGCAAGAUGAACAGCUAUCCUAUUCACAGGAAGAUGCAAUAACAGAUCUUCCCGCUCUCCUCAGGAACCUCGAAUUAUCGCCUUACCCUCUAUCGAAAGCCAUACAAAACCUCCCACCAAAACAGAAGCAGGCAAUAACAAAAUCACAUCCGGAUUUGAUCGACGCGGAUAGAGGUGGGCAUGAAAGAACAAGUCCUGCUAAUGUACAGAAAGGAAAUCAAAGGAACAACCUAUAUAAGAGCAUGCCAACUUUGGCGGGUGAAGAUAUGGGGGAUGGUGCUGUACAUCGACAGCAACAUCGGCAGCAUCAACUUACGGGCAAAGCAGUACCAAGAUUACAGCAUCCGCAUUCUGGAUCGAAAAUCAUCUGUUGCUUAAAGAUUGAAAUUGCAAAAGGGAAAUACGAAAUGCUGACUGUGCAUGAUACGGAUACUCCCACCCAACUUGCCCAGUCCUUUUGUCGAGAACACAAUCUCCCCAAUUGGGUUCAAUCGCUGGAGAACCACAUUCGGCUAGCAAAGCAAACUUAUGGAUAGCUUUGUAUUUGUACCCAAUAGAACGCGAACCCUUCCAGUGUCGUGUGUGUGCAGUUUAACGUGAAAGUCGUCGAUGGGUCGCUAGGUGCGUUAUUGUUUCUUGUGGAACGUUGAGACGCUACACAGUAAAUAAAUGCUAUUAUUGAGA